AUCCCUUGAUAAAUCCCAUAAACCCUCGUCUUCACAAGUAUAAACCCUCCAACUCCAACAAUCCCUAACUCUAAAAAAAAUCAUCAAAAAUGGCGUCCUCUAAAAUCACCAAAUCCAUUACUCGAACUCUCUACACUUCUCGCCACUACUCUCGCUUCCUCUCCUCCUCCGCUUUAUCUUCGCCGUCAAUAACACAUCCUCCGCCUAUUCCAUCCGUCGGAUCUUCACCUCAACCGUCGUUUCUUCUCUCCCAUUCCCUUCUACCCAAAAACCCUAAUUUCCUCAAACCGUUCAGUCUCAGUUCUGUUAGGUUCCGAGUGAACCGGGCCGGUAACUCGCCUUAUACUCCGGGGAGCGGCGACCGGGUUCCAACCGAGAUGGCCCCGCUGUUUCCGGGCUGUGAUUACGAGCACUGGCUCAUUGUUAUGGAUAAACCUGGUGGAGAAGGCGCUAAUAAACAGCAAAUGAUUGAUUGCUACAUUCAAACCCUCUCUAAAGUCCUCGGAAGUGAAGAGGAAGCAAAAAAGAAGAUUUACAAUGUGUCAUGUGAGAGGUAUUUUGGCUUUGGGUGUGAAGUUGAUGAGGAGACUGCAAAUAAAAUGGAAGGUUUGCCUGGUGUUCUCUUUGUGCUGCCUGAUUCCUAUGUUGAUCCUGAAUACAAGGAUUAUGGAGCUGAACUUUUUGUCAAUGGAGAGAUAGUUCAGAGAUCACCUGAACGACAGAGGAGAGUAGAGCCUGUUCCUCAGCGUAACGACAGAAUAAGACCCAAUAGAUAUAACAGGCGCAGAGAUAACAUGCGAUGAAUUAUAUUAAAUGUAAGGAAGGCUCAGGCGGGUUGGAGUUUUAAGCACGGCUGUGUGGUGUUAGCGAAAACUUGAUUACCUUUGUUUCCGCAUUUGGACAUGUCUUCAAUCAAGCUAUGUUUCUGUAUUUGCUCUAUUUCACAUUUCAAACCAGUAGUCCUUCAUCUUCUCAGUUACUUAAACUUGAAUUUGUCUGAUGUAUAUACUACUAUGAGAUAAUUUUAAGAAUCUAGUAUGAUUGGGUCUUUGCUAAUGCCAUUUGUCGAGGAAAACCUUUUGUGUGGAA